AUGACGGAACCGGACGUUAGUCAGCCUAACACUAGUGAUCCAGCUUUGCCAACUCAUGCAAAAAUCCAACAAGACACAACUCCUGAAGAAGCUGAGAGACAACCUGAUCUUAAACAAGGAACACUGCUGCAUCAUGCGGAGGGUGACAUGAGGACGGAACCGGAUGUUAGUCAGCCUAAGACUACUGAUCCAGCUUUGCCAACUCAUGCAAACAACCAACAAGACACAACUCCUGAAGAAGCUGAGAGACAACCUGAUCUUGAACAAGGAACACUGCUGCAUCAUGUGGAGGGUGACAUGAGGACGGAACCGGACGUUAGUCAGCCUAACACUACUGAUCCAGCUUUGCCAACUCAUGCAAACAUCCAACAAGACACAACUCCUGAAGAAGCUGAAAGACAACCUGAUCUUGAACAAGGAACACUGCUGCAUCAUGCGGAGGGUGACAUGAGGACGAAACCGGACGUUAGUCAGUCUAACACUACUGAUCCAGCUUUGCCAACUCAUGCAAACAUCCAACAAGACAACACUCCUGAAGAACCUGAGAGACAACCUGAUCUUGAACAAGGAACACUGCUGCAUCAUGCGGAGGGUGACAUGACGAAACCAGACGUUAAAGCUGAGAAACAACCUGAUCUUGAACAAGGAACACUGCUGCAUCAUGCGGAGGGUGACAUAAGGACGGAACCGGACGUUAGUCAGCCUAACACUACUGAUCCAGCUUUGCCAACUCAUGCAAACAUCCAACAAGACAACACUCCUGAAGAAGCUGAGAAACAACCUGAUCUUGAACAAGGAACACUGCAGCAUCAUGCGGAGGGUGACAUGAGGAUGGAACCGGACGUUAGUCAGCCUAACACUAUUGAUCCAGCUUUGCCAACUCAUGAAAACAUCCAACAAGACAACACUCCUGAAGAAGCUGAGAGACAACCUGAUCUUGAACACGGAACACUGCUGCAUCAUGCGGAGGGUGACAUGAGGACGGAACCGAAUGUUAGUCAGCCUAACACUAUUGAUCCAGCUUUGCCAACUCAUGCAAACAUCCAACAAGACAACACUCCUGAAGAAGCUGAGAAACAACCUGAUCUUGAACAAGGAACACUGCUGCAUCAUGCGGAGGGUGACAUGAGGAUGGAACCGGACGUUAGUCAGCCUAACACUACUGAUCCAGCUUUGCCAACUCAUGCAAACAUCCAACAAGACAACACUCCUGAAAAACCUGAGAGACAACCUGAUCUUGAACAAGGAACACUGCUGCAUCAUGCGGAGGGUGACAUGAGGACGAAACCAUACGUUAGUCAGCCUAACACUACUGAUCCAGCUUUGUCAACUCAUGCAAACAUCCAACAAAACAACACUCCUGAUGAAGCUGAGAGACAACCUGAUCUUGAACAAGGAACACUGCUGCAUCGUGCGGAGGGUGACAUAAGGACGGAACCGGACAUUAGUCAGCCUAACACUACUGAUCCAGCUUUGCCAACUCAUGCAAACAUCCAACAAGACAACACUCCUGAAGAAGCUGAGAAACAACCUGAUCUUGAACAGGGAACACUGCUGCAUCAUGCGGAGGGUGACAUGAGGACGGAACCGGACGUUAGUCAGCCUAACACUACUGAUCCAGCUUUGCCAACUCAUGCAAACAUCCAACAAGACAACACUCCUGAAGAAGCUGAGAAACAACCUGAUCUUGAACAAGGAACACUGCUGCAUCAUGCGGAGGGUGACAUGAGGAUGGAACCGGACGUUAGUCAACCUAACACUACUGAUCCAGCUUUGCCAACUCAUGAAAACAUCCAACAAGACAACACUCCUGAAGAAGCUGAGACACAAUCUGAUCUUGAACAAGGAACACUGCUGCAUCAUGCGGAGGGUGACAUGAGGACGGAACCGGACGUUAGUCAGCCUAACACUAUUGAUCCAGCUUUGCCAACUCAUGCAAACAUCCAACAAGACAACACUCCUGAAGAAGCUGAGAAACAACCUGAUCUUGAACAGGGAACACUGCUGCAUCAUGCGGAGGGUGACAUGAGGACGGAACCGGACGUUAGUCAGCCUAACACUACUGAUCCAGCUUUGCCAACUCAUGCAAACAUCCAACAAGACAACACUCCUGAAGAAGCUGAGAAACAACCUGAUCUUGAACAAGGAACACUGCUGCAUCAUGCGGAGGGUGACAUGAGGAUGGAACCGGACGUUAGUCAACCUAACACUACUGAUCCAGCUUUGCCAACUCAUGAAAACAUCCAACAAGACAACACUCCUGAAGAAGCUGAGAGACAAUCUGAUCUUGAACAAGGAACACUGCUGCAUCAUGCGGAGGGUGACAUGAGGACGGAACCGGACGUUAGUCAGCCUAACACUAUUGAUCCAGCUUUGCCAACUCAUGCAAACAUCCAACAAGACAACACUCCUGAAGAAGCUGAGAAACAACCUGAUCUUGAACAAGGAACUUGUUGCAUCAUGCGGAGGGUGACAUGA